AUGGCAGCAACUUACUAUGCAGACCCUGCAGAAGCUGAGAGUUUCGCAGCGGCACUGUUACGCGCAGGCGGCGGUCUACCGCAGGACGAAGCACAACUGAUGGCAAAGUGCUUGGUGCAAGCCGACCUCCGCGGAGUUGAUACCCAUGGCUUGGCACGUUUGCAGCAGUAUAUGACUCGUGUUAAAGAUGGUCUUAUCAACCCGACACCCAAACUGGAGUUCGAGGAGAAGACCCCCGUUGCUGCACACCUCGAUGGUCAAAAUGCUUUUGGCUUCAUCGUGGCUACGAAAGCGAUGGCCGAUGCAGUACGUCGUGCGGAGACCUACGGCAUCGGUAUUGUUACGGCCAAUCACUCAAAUCACUUUGGUAUGGCAGCCACCUACGUCCAACAAGCCCUUGAGAAGGGCAUGAUUUCUCUUGUUUUCACCAAUUCUGCUAAGCAGAUGCCCCCUUUCGGUGGAGUUGAGACACUGCUGGGUAUAUCUCCAUUUGCUGCUGGUGCUCCGAGUGAAAACGAAGUGCCAUUCAUUCUUGACAUGGCGCCUUCCGUUGUAGCCAAGGGCAAGAUUCGCAAAGCAGCCCGUCGAGGAGAGUCUAUCCCUCUUGGUUGGGCCUAUGACAAGGACGGUAAACCCACUACUGAUGCCGAGGUGGCUCUCAACGGAAGUAUGGCACCCAUUGGCGGACCGAAGGGUUCCGGAAUCGCCAUUCUCAUGGACAUCAUGUCUGGCGUGCUCGGAGGUGCCGCAUUUGGCGGUGAGGUCGGAGACCAAUAUAAGGAGACACGACCGCAAAACGUGGGCCACACAUUCAUCGCCAUCAAGCCAGGCACAUUUGUCGACCCGGCAACAUUCCGUGAGCGCAUGGACACACUGGUACAGCGUGUGCACAAUGUAAGGCCGGCUGAGGGCUUCGAUCGUGUGUUGUUUCCUGGCGAACCGGAGUAUCUACUUAGCGUGAAACGGCGGAGGGAGGGUCUGGCAUUUGCCGAUGCGGAGCGAAAGAUGUUUGAGCAACUGCAAGCAGAAUUCGGUGUCAAGCCGUUGAGGUUGAGUGAGACACCACUGAACCUUACAAACGGGCAAUAG